GUGGGUAACACGAAGUUCCUUCAACAUUAUAUGAAACGGGUUCUUUUUUUUAAAUGCAGUUAGACCCGCAAAUGAAACGUUUGGUGAUCACGUAUUUAGGAAGUGGUUUGUCUGCAGAAGCCACCGCUCGCAGUGACCAGCUAAGCUAGCACACCGACUAGCUAGCACCGGGUUAGCAUGUCAGAGUUCACGCCAGCGUCUUCAUGAGUUAACAAAUAUAUAAUCAUUAUAUGAUUAUUUGUGAUGAGACGUUGCGUGUUUAGUUUUAGUUACUCACAUUAGUUGUGCCGUUUACUCCAAUCAAACCGUACCACAAUAGUGUCAAUAGUAAAUGUUCCCAGUACUGCAGUUAUGCAGUAGUAUACACAUAAGUAUAUGUGUAUUAAGUAUAAACAAAACGAUAUUGAUGAAGUUUAAACCUCUUGCAGCAGCAGUUGCCCGUGAGCCACCAUGGUGCUGAACCCCGUCAUUUCCAAGCUCUCUGGAAAACUGGUUGUCUUGGCCAGUGCCUCUCCGAGGAGGCUGGAGAUCCUCCGCAAUGCGGGUUUACAGUUUGAGGUGGUGCCUUCCUGGUUUAAGGAAACACUUGACAAAGGACUGUUCAAAGCUCCUCAUGAGUAUGCAGUGGAGACAGCUAAACAGAAAGCCCUGGAGGUGGCCCGGAGGAUGCCUUCUAAACACCUAAAAACUCCAGACCUGGUAAUUGGGGCAGAUACUAUUGUGGCUGUAGAUGGUAUGAUCCUGGAGAAGCCAGUGGACAAAUAUGAAGCUUACAAGAUGUUGUCAAGCUUGAGUGGUAAGGAGCACAGUGUCUUCACCGGCGUGGCUCUUGUCCUCUGUAAUGACAAAGAAAAUGAAGAAGUGGAUUACAGGUUGAUAGACUUCUAUGAAGAAACAAAGGUGAAGUUUUCUGAUCUGUCAGAGGACAUGCUGUGGGAGUACAUCAAUAGUGGUGAACCUAUGGACAAGGCUGGCGGCUAUGGUAUUCAGGCUCUCGGUGGCAUGCUGGUGGAGUACGUUCAUGGAGACUUCCUCAAUGUUGUGGGUUUCCCCCUCAACCACUUCUGCAAGCAGCUGGACCAUAUUUACAACCACAGGACUUUGUCUUUACAUCGAGAAAGUACGUCUUUACAUCUGAGUCACAAUGGCACCCACAACGCCUCAAUACUUACUCAACCGUCACCCAAGAUUUCCACCAAUUGCACCUCCUCCGAAUGCUCUUCAUCCAGUCCUGUCCAAAAGGUGAAGAGGAAAAGCAGUGAAAGUGAAGUAGGUGAGAGUUCCUGGACAUCUGUCAACAGUGUGUCUACACACACAAAUUAUAAAGAAGUUGAGCUGCUAGACUGUGGAACGAACAGCAAAGGGCAAGUGCCAGAACGAAAUGUGGCAAAGCCUGAUGACAGUGAGCCCAGAGAAGAAGAUUUACAGCGAAUCAGUGAACUGAUGGACGGGUUCAAAGCCUCCAAGGCGCUGUUCACUGCCUGCGAGCUGCGUGUGUUUGACCUGCUACAGAGCCAACCAGGCCUGGAUGUGACUCAGGUUGCCCAGGAGUUAAAAGUGUCUGUGAAGGGGACCGAACGCCUGCUGGAAGCCUGCGUGCCUCUAGGACUGCUCAAGUGCAAAGAGAGAACGUCCCAAAGGUGCGAGUAUGAAAACACAGACCUGGCCACUCGGUUUCUGUGGUCAGAAUCCCCAUUUUCGCUGCAUGACCACAUCCAGCACUGCAACAGCACAGUCUGGCCCCUGUUCUCCCACCUGGAGAACGCUGUGCGGGAGGGAACCAGCCAGCACGAGAGAGCUGCUGCAAACAAGCCCAACAAUCUUUUUCAGGAUACUUACUACAGGAGUCGAGAAGUGAAACUGAGGUUCAUGAAGGCCAUGCACAGCGUCGCCAAAAUUACGGGAGCAUCUGUAGCAAAAGCUUUUGACCUGUCUGGUUUUAGGACGGCGUGUGACGUUGGAGGAUGCACUGGUGCCAUGGCCUAUGAGUUUGCUAAAGCCCAUCCAGGACUGUCAGUGACAGUGUUUGACUUGCCAGCUGUCGUUGAGAUGACGGAAAAUUUCCAUCCUCAGGACAAAAACGACCAAGUCUCAUUUGUAGCAGGAGACUUCUUUAAAGACGAGUUACCUAAAGCAGACCUAUACAUCCUGGCAAGAAUUCUUCAUGACUGGCCUGAUGACAAGGUGCAUAGUCUGCUGAGUAAAAUUGCAGCUAUGUGCUCACCGGGCUGUGGACUACUGUUAAGUGAGAUCUUCCUGGACAAAGACAGAAGCGGCCCCAGUCGUGGGUUGCUGCAGGCCCUCAGCAUGAGCGACGGGAAGCAAAGAAGUGCAAAGGAAUACAGUUUGCUUUUGGAGAGCCAUGGGUUUGUCACAGCACACGUCAGACAUACAGACAACCUCCUGGAUGCCAUGCUGUGCAUCAAAGUAUGAACACACUGCACAGAAAGGGGUUUGGGUUUACUAUAUGUCACAGGUAACCAGUGUCACAAAGAUGGAGUAAUUAUUUUAUGCUAAAAUGUCUAUGAAUCAAGAUCUUGUCUUCAUGUUAUUAUCACGAUUAAUGAACCUAAAUGAAGCUUCCUGCUUACAACA